GAGGGCGGGGAGGGCGCGUGGAGCCGGGAACACGGACACGGACACGCACACGGACACGGACACGGGCACGGACACCGACACGCACACCGACACGCGCACGCAGCGCGGCCCCGCAGCGCGGCUCUGCGGCCAAAGCCGGCCAACAAAGACCCCUGGGCCCCGCUCGCCGCCGCCCCCCGCGGGAUGUAGCCGGGCCGGGAGCCGCAGCGAGGCAGCGGCCCCGCCGCUCCGUGCCCCGCAGCGAGGCCGGGAGGCGGCGGGCUCAGAGGCGCUGCCGCCACCAUGGGCAAAUCCAACAGCAAGUUGAAGCCUGAAGUUGUGGAAGAGCUGACCAGGAAAACGUACUUCACGGAGAAGGAGGUGCAGCAGUGGUACAAGGGCUUUAUCAAGGACUGUCCCAGCGGGCAGCUCGACGCCGCCGGCUUCCAGAAGAUCUACAAGCAGUUCUUCCCCUUCGGCGACCCAACCAAAUUCGCCACCUUUGUUUUCAACGUCUUCGAUGAGAACAAAGAUGGGAGGAUCGAGUUUUCGGAGUUCAUCCAGGCGCUGUCGGUCACCUCCCGGGGGACGCUGGACGAGAAGCUGAGGUGGGCGUUUAAGCUGUACGACUUGGACAACGACGGCUACAUCACGAGGAACGAGAUGCUGGACAUUGUGGAUGCGAUUUAUCAGAUGGUGGGAAACACAGUGGAGCUUCCCGAGGAGGAGAACACACCAGAGAAGAGGGUGGAUCGGAUUUUUGCCAUGAUGGACAAGAAUGCCGACGGGAAGCUGACGCUGCAGGAGUUUCAGGAGGGCUCCAAGGCCGACCCCUCCAUCGUGCAGGCGCUCUCCCUCUACGAUGGGCUCGUAUAGUCCCGGGGCCGAGCGGCGAUGCCUGGGGGAAGAUGCUCUCCGUGCCAUCCGACCACCGCCGCGCGAAGCUUGCCUGUCCCUCCCGGCCUUCCUUCCUGUUCCGCGAGCAAGGGAUGCCCUCGAAGCGCGAGCUCGCUCCCCCUCUCUGCACUCUGAACCAGCCGCUGCCAUCUGCCGACUUCUGCUUUUUCCAAAAAAAAAAAAAAAAAAGCAAAAAACAAAAACCAAAACCCCUCACCAGACCCCGGUCUGAGCGGCAGCGAACGCCCAAGACUUCAGGGCCGGGGGAAUGGGUCGAGCAUCGCCGCAGGCAGAGCCCGCUCUCGGCCUCCUCGCCCCCUUUGCUCCCUUUUUCCUCCGUUUUCGGAUGGGACUGCGGAUGCGCCGGCGGGGUCCUCUCUUGGGAACCGGCCAGAGAUGGAGCCCAAAGGUCCCGGGGGGCUGCACCCCCGGGGUCUGCCCGUGUGGGGUGGCCGGGGAGCCGAGGCACCGACGGCGAUUGGGAACAGAGUCCUGGUGUCACCCAUCAUGCCGCUGGCAGCCCGGCUCGGCUCACUAGGGAUAUAUAUUAUAUUGUUAUUAUUUUAUUUUAUUUUAAAUUUUUUUUUUUUUUUUUUUUUGGUGAGACAGUAUUGUGCUUUUUGGUUUUGUUUUGUUCCGUUUUUUGGGGGGGGGGGUUUUUCCUCCCCUUUGGUGGAAAAAAAGCGAGGCUUUUUUUUUUUUUUUUUAUAUGCCUAUCUCGACGAUCGAUAUCCUUAUUUAUUUGUCGUAAAUGUCGCUGCCGUGUUUCGUCUCUCGUGUGUGUGUCCACCCGCCCAGGUGAGGAUUUGCAAGGUUUACAUGCUCGUACACUAUUGCGGGGACCCGGGAGCCUGCAAUAACAAUGAAGCCAAAAAUCUGCCUUCCCCCCUCUCCUCCCACCCCUCGUAUCCCAAGCUCCGUGGGCUGGCUGCUGUUUGAAGGGGAUGCUGUAGCUUUUCCUCUUCCCGUUCCCGUGUUCCCUGCAUUUUUCCGUUCACCCUUCCCUUUGGGAGCUCAGUGAGGGCUCGCCCAGCCCAGACCCUGAGCAGACCAAGCUCCAUCCCUCAGUCGGGCAGGGUGAGCAAAAUGCCGGGCACCAGAACGUCCCCAUUUCCUCCCUUUUUUUUUCAUUUUCUCACCGCAUGAAAAAGUAUUAAUGGAGCCCGGAGUUGGGUUUUGCUUUCGAGCAGAUUCCUUUGCCACAUUCUGCUUUGCAAACGGUGGGAAGGUGUUUGGUGGCGGCUGUGAAUCAUCCUGUGCGUUGUGGGGCACAGGGGGAGCCUGGCUCUGUCUUGCUCUGUGCUCCCAUCCCAGCUGGGACAAGGUGCCAGGGGAGUGCCAGGCUGGGCUGUGCACGGCUCAGGGUCUCUCCUUACCCCUCACUCCCACGGGAGCUCUCGCUGUGAACCCAAGUGGAGCCGCUUGUGCCCACCUUGGAGGAGGCAAAGGUUGGGAAUGCACACCUGGGGACGCGGGGCUGCAGCCCCCCCCCAUUAUUAUGGCCUCUCCAAAGUCCAUCAGCACCCAGCACCCCUCUGGGAUGUGCCCCCAGCUCAGCCCCACCAGCGCCCACGCCGCGGUGGGCACAGUUGGCGUCUGCUGGAGAAUGAGCAUUGCAUGGGCGAUGCCUCAGCUGCACUGGGGCUGCUCUGGGAAAGGAGAGAUGUGCGUUCCCUCGGGAGCAGAGUGCAAGGAGCCUUUGGGACCCCUAAAGCCACCCUGGCGCCUCCCCCUUCCACCUCUGGUCUAGCUGAUGGUAGCAGCAUCUUUCCCCCCAUCUUUCUCCCUGCUCCUGUGGCUAAGCCCAGACAGAGGACAGUCCUCAUGGCAGUGGGAGGGGACAUCUGGAUGUGGAGAACAGUCCAACAGGUGUCUCAGGGUGCAGGAGAUAAGGUGGUGCCUCAGUGCUUCCUGAAUCCUCCCAGCCAGGGGAUGCUGGUUCUUCACUGUGCAGCUCCACUCCCCAGUUUUGGGAUUUUGUGCUUGUGGUACUUCUCGAUGCCCGUGAAAAACCACCAUUCCCCAUCCCCAAGGAGACUGACCUCACGUGCACGUGCAAUAUUUCUGCCUCUCCUGCAGUUCCUGCCCCUGAGGAUGCCCAUGUCUAUUGUGGGGGUGCUUCUGGAGGGUGCCCCUCACUCACUCCCAUGGAAACCUCCUUUUCCUUGUUGAUCUGUGGCCAAAAUGCAACUCUCUGGGGUUGGUUUUUGCAGUGCCUGCCACCUAUUGAAUGCUCAUCUGCCAGACUGGUCCCCAUCCUGGUGCCAAUCGACGUCCCCAAUGAAUGUGACACUGCUGUAAUCGCCUCUGCCCAUGACUGAUGGGCCCCGCCACGUUUGACACAGCUCCCAGGAAAAGCCAAACCUCAUUUGCGCUGACAUUUUUUUUCCCCUGGAAAGCUUUUAAUUUUUGGAGGAGCUGUCGUGGUGUGAGCUCCAUCAGCGCUCACAGAUGUCUCCCCAGGGAGUCAGCCCUGCCAGGGCUCCUGGCACGCUGAGUGGCCCUGAGCAAAGCGUUUUGGCCCCAGCGUUCCCCCCAGACGUGGCGGUGGGACCCUGGCUUGGAUGCUCCCUUUUGGGGAGCACCGAGGGCCCCUGAUUCCUCCUGAACACCACCAGGACCUGGAGCGUCUUGGUAUCACUGCAAAUAAGGCUUGGAGCACCUCGUGCUUGGAAAUGUCGGCCUUAACCUCCUCGUGCCUCAGUUUCCCCAUCAGUGGAGCGGCUGGGGUGAGCCAUCCCCCCCUGGAAAGCAGUUUGGCGUCUGUGCCCUGGCAAGCACGAGUGCUGGACGUGGCUCAGGACGGCGGGCACAGGGCUGGGCAGGACCCACCGAGCGUCGGGCGCGUGCGGAAGGCCGGGAACGGCGCGAGAAACGCUGGGGUGGAAUUCCCGUCGGCGGGUCUUUAAUUCCAGCCUGAUUCACACCUGCUGACGGUGGAACGGCCAGCAAGGCCUGGUUUGUCCCCGUUCCUGCUCGGGUUCCUGGUGCCUGCCCAGAAUAGAGCCCUGGCCAUGGGAAGGGGGCCGGAGGCACAGCCAGGCAGAGGAGAGGCUCCAGCCCCGGUGACUGUGGCAUGUGCCCCCUCUCAUUUGUCCCUGUCGGUGUUGCCCCAUUAAAUGCCAUGUCUGUACUUUCCUUUCUUUUCACUUUUCUGUCUGUGCGCUGACUGUUGCUGCUUUGUGUCCGUCUUUCCUUGAGCUCUGGGGCUGGGCUGGGCUGAGCUGUUUCCCCCAGGAGCAAGAACGUGGGAGAGGGCUCUGGGGGCAGAUUCCCCCCUGCCCUCUCCUCACAGCACAAACCAGAACCCGAGAGAGAGAGAAGUGAAGGGUUUUUUCCCUCUGGAGCAGGUUGUUAAUUAAUGCAAUUUAUAAGGAGACCAGGCUGGGCCCAGGAGUGCUCUCCACUGGGAUGCUGGAGAGGGGCAUUUGCUUAUGGGGACCCCAGACCCCGUUUGUGCCAGGUACCAGCUGCCUCUCACCCUCCUCCACAGAAGCAGGUGCCUGUUGGUUCUUCCCGUGCCCUCAGGAUGCCACAUUCCCGUUGGAUGGGGAGGCUGAGGCUGUGGGAAUCCCAGCCCAGGUCACUGCUCUGCAGCGGGCAGGGAUGCAGCUGCCCAGAGGGUGGAAUUGUCUUGGAGCCUUGGGAUCUGGGUUUGAGCCCCGCUUGGAGCAGGGCCGGGCAUGGCAUGGGGGCAGCUGAAAUCACGGGCAGAGCUGUCCCCUUCCCAUGUAUUUCGGGUUGGGGGCUCACUUGGGAUGGGUGAGUGACCUGCAGCCAGCUCACUGUCCCCACCCAAGGAGAUUUGGGGCACUUAAUGAGAGCACCUCCCCUGUCCUUCCCGAGGGCACUGGAGGGGAGGGUCUGGCUGGGACAGAAGCGAGGGCUGAGGGCAAAGGAGGGAGCUGAUGGCCCCAGACUCAGUGCACAGUUUUGGGGUACAGCAGUUUUGGGGUCUCCGUUACACGUGUCAGCCCUGCCCACGCAGCAAACUCGUCCUUCCCUUCUCUCUCUGCUCCCGUGGCCACCAGCCCCGGGCUGGGUGCCCUGUGCCACAGGUGUGGCCCCUGCCCAGGGGGUGGCCGAGCCCUGGGCUGAGAAGCAGCAGCUCCAGCAAAGAGCCUUGUUUGUGAAGAUGAAGCCUGUGUGUGCGUCCGUGCCGGUGUCUCGGCUUGCAUGCCCCGCUGCCUUGUCUUGAGAUGAAUUCAAGAGCAAACCAAGCAAACGAAACAGUUUAAUAACAGAACAAAACCAAACCCAGGAACUUUGUGACAGUGGAAAUAAAAGCUUAAUGACAGUGAUGAA